AUGCCGAGGCGAUGGAUCAAUUCUGGAACUUACCAGAUCCCAUUAUUCAUCACAUUUUCUCUUUCCUUGAGAUGGAUGACAGCUCGAAUUGGUGUGGUAUCAAAAAGAUUUAGACAGAUGUUUGUAUCUAGGCCAUAUCUGAAGUUUGUAUCAAAAUGUUUCUAUCACGGUCCCCCGAAUUCGUGCAAUCAAUUUAUUGAUCCUGUGGAUGGGUUGCUGAGCCAGCGAAAUGGGAUGGCGAUACAGCGUCUUUGCCUGAACUGGUAUUGCCGCAACAAUAACUGUGAUGCAGAUGUAAAUCUUAUUGACAAAUGGAUCCGUGUUGCAGUGAAUUGUCGGGUUCAGGAGAUUGACCUUGAGGUUGGGAUACGUAGAGAUCCUCUCUUUGAGUCGGAGGAAAAGCCAAUCUGCGAGUUGCCGCAGUGUAUGUACUGUUCUGAAACUUUUAGAGUCCUUGACUUGGAUCUGUAUUACAAGUGUGUCAAAGAGCCUGCGGGGGUUUUUGUUUCUCUCGAGGAACUCUCCCUGACUCCAGUAGUAGGUUCUGAUUCUGAAGAUUUGGAGUGGACAGUAUGGUCUGCAAAUAACGUUUACCUGAGUCAGUUCAAAGUUCUGAACCAUGCUACUCUGAAUAUUGAUACUUUAAAUGACCAUAUUGAUGUGAUAACUAUUUGCGAUCGUAUAACUGAGCUUCACCAGGGUUGUGUGCUGUACAAGAGUGUCAGAGCUAAAGAGUGUGUUCUUAAAACUCAGUUCAUUCACAACUAUUGCUCAGUUGUGUUCGACAACCUUCAGCACUCGGUCAUUAAUGCGAAUAGUUGUCUGAAGGACUAUCACUUUCUAGUUUUAGCUUACAUUCUCAGAAGAUCACCGAAUUUAGAGACUCUAUCCCUCUUGUGUAGUGAAAAUGUAAUGCAACCUAAGUAUGCCAUGACAUUGAAGUUUUGGAUAUCCAAGUUCUGUAAACAGCACGAAGGAUUUCAUAACCUAAUUGCUCAUCAACUGCAAGCCAUAAAAAUAAAGUUGAAGGGAAAAGGUCAUCGGGUUGUUGCAGUGGAAAAUCUGCUUAAGAGUUUAGAAGGUUUGAAAAAGAUGACCAUCAUCUGCUCAAAAGCAAACCUAAGCCAAGUGUCGAAGAUUGGAUUAUGUGAAUCCAGGAAAGCUUCUCUACCGUUCGGAUUGAGUUUAGUCGAGAAAGAAUUUUAUAUUGAAGAACACCACAGGAUUGAUUCCGUCACAGAUUGAAUUUAGCCAAGAAACAACAUUAUUUUGAAGAUUCAGACGACGAAUGGAUUUAGUGAGCGAUGCAGGUUUCCAUUUACUAGCUUUUUGGUCUUUUUUGAUUGCUGUUUUCUUUAAAGUAAAGCUACAAUGUUACUAUUGUUUGAGGUCCAUUUGAUGAUGCAUUCUCCUUUCCUUAAGUGAAUAAUUUCAUGAUAGGUGGAAUUAUUCAUGACUUCACUCCACAUGAGUAUCGAUUUAUAAGCGUGAGGGAAAGCCUCACCUUUUAAGCUAGCUUUUGAGAAAGAGAUAGGUCCAAUACCACCUAUCAAUUGGUAUUAGCGCCGCGGCCAGGUUUACCAACUAAUCUAGAUCCUAUAGUCUAGGAGAGAAAUGAGUCACCUUAGCUCCGAUCCAAGGCUCGAGGAUAGUAUUGGAGUUGUCUCCCUUUCGGUUGUUAAAGAGGCUGGCGGUCAAUGUCAAGUGCGAGAGAAAACCUCUCAUCUCAAAUUAGCUUUUGAGGGAAAGACACAUGUCCAGGACCACCUAUUGACGAAAAUCAAUGGCUUUUUCAAGUUAGCUGCUCAUGAUCUUCCAUGUUUUUAUAGCGAUGAAAAGGGACCCUCUUCUUCU